CUUUUUUACGGGUAUCCAGUAAACAGAGUUUUGAUAAUUCAAUAAACUCGAAAUUCCGAUUGAUUUUGUUUGGACGAAGCGAAAGUCUCUCUCCGGCGCAAUCAAGCUAUGGAGCAAAUUUUGUCUUCUCUCGUGUUCAAUGGUUCUAUUGUAGAAGCCAUCACUGAAGCCAAGCAGCAGAAGAAGCUUUUUGUAGUUUUUGUUUCAGGUGGCAAUAUGGAAUCAAACCAAUUGGAGACAUCAACUUGGCUGGACCCAAGAGUUGCUGAUUCUAUAUCAAAGUACUGCAUUUUGUUGCACAUCCUAGAAGGAAGUACUGAUGCAAGAAACUUCUCAGCAUUGUAUCCACAGAAGGCUGUUCCUUGUAUUACAGCUAUUGGAUACAAUGGUAUUCAACUAUGGCAACAAGGGGGUUUUGUUUCUGCUGAUAAUCUUGCAUCUAGUCUUGAGAAGGCAUGGUUAAGUCUUCAUGUUCAGGAUACAACAGCUACUUUCUUGACUGCUGCACUUGCUUCAAAGAAAGAGCUUGUAUCUGGAGCUUCUUCAGUAACAUCUGAAGUAGGGAGUUCUUCAAAUGCUCAAGUUUCACCAGCUCAGGAGAUGGCACAUAUACAAUCUCCAAUGGCUACACCGUCUAAAAAUUCUCAGACAGUAGAGGGAGAGGAUCGUGGACAUGCUGCUACUGAGAUAGAUUCCUCGGUGAUUGACAUGGCUUCUCAUGGAUCAGCAGAUGCCUUUGAAUCUAGAAUUGGUGAAUUUAAUGAGUCUACCACUGUGAUCACAACAGCAGAAAAGCCACUUGAUCUUGUAGAGGUAGAUUCAACCAACGCUAAAGAUGAAUGUUCAAUGUCAAAAGAGAAUCCUGGUUUGUGUGAUCAACAGUUGGACCCUUAUGAUGAAGCUCCUAGAGAGAUUGCCAAUAAAGCAGGGAAAGGUCCCGAGAUAAAUAUAGUUGAAGAUGCAGCUGCUGAGAAAGCUGAUUUUUCAGAUGAUUCGUCAAAUACAUUUCACGAUGUUUAUUUAAACAUUAGAUUGCCUGAAGGUUCAAGUUUACAAGUGAAGUUUCUCGUUAUGGAUACUUUAAGGAUGGUCAAGCACUAUGUUGAUAAAAACCAAACGAGCAGCAUUGGUUAUUACGAUCUAGCAGUUCCUUAUCCUCGCAAGGUUUUUGGUGAUGAAGAUCUAGAUAGAACAUUGUCAGAUUUGGGUUUACACAAUAGGCAAGCACUGAUAAUCAUUCGUCGUAACAAAGUGAAUGUUACAUCAUUACAUGGUCAAAACAAUCCUGCUGAGAGUAAUCAUACAGCAAUUGGAGGCGAUGCAGGAUAUUUUGCUACGAUCAGAAAACUCUUUUCAUAUGUAAAUCCUUUAUCUUACUUUGGUGGAAGUUCUAACACAUCAAACACUGCUCAGGAUUCUCGAGAUAGCAUAUGGCAAUAUGGUCCAAACCCCACACCUCAAAAUAGUCAGACUUUGGUACGUAAGCCAUUCCAAACCCCUAUAACUUCCACAACUAAUAAUAGAGGUAGAAAGCCAGCGUCAUCUAGCUUUGGGAGCAGCAACAUCCACACUUUGAAACAUGAUGAAGAUGAAAAUCAGUUUGGUGACAGAAACACAUUCUGGAAUGGUAAUUCUACUCAGUUUGGUGGAGAUGACAAUAGUAAAUAAGAUUCCAGUGCACUUUCUUGUAUAUUGAUGUGUCUAUAAAAAUCACAGUGUGCUACAGUUAGAUAUAUUCUUCCCGUUAAUCGUUGCAAUAUGUUUUGGAUUGAAGCCUGUUUCAUCUUUACAAUGAUUGGCUUAGCAUAAACUGCGGUUGCAAGUGUCAUACUGGAAGGCAAGUUUGGUAUUCGUGAUGCAUUUUAUGGUUAGUGAAACUGUUGUAGGAAAUCUAGAUGAUGUUUUGAGCACUAAUAAUCAUUAGCAUUCAACUAGUUCUUGUUCUUCUAAUAGAACUAAGACGAGAAAUUUUGCUUCAAGUUUACCUUGUCCUCCUUA